AUGAUUGAUACUAAUGAAGCAAACAAUACAGAAAUCAUUACGAAUUUUUUCACAAUAUUACGUAAAGUAAUAGAUGUAGAAGAAAAGGCAUUAAAACAACGAAUUUACGACAUUGAAGAAAAGAACAAACAAUCAGUGGAAGAAUAUCAUAUGGCACUAAUCAACACAGGGAAACGUUUAGAUGAACAAAAAAGUUCAUUAGACUCGAUGACUUCAACCAAUAAUCAUAUUAAAUUAUUGCAAAAUAAGGAUCAAUUAACAACUAAUUUCGAUAAUAUUAGUCAACAAUUAGAUGAAUUAAAAUCACCAAAUAGAACAGAAUGUCGCAUUGAAGGUCUCGAUCAACUACUAACGCAUGUUGAUACUAUGGUACAACAAAUUGGUCGUAUCAUACAGAUAUCAGGUAUGUUCUUAGUUAACGAAGCGAUACCUUUUGCUUGA